AUGUCAACACAUAUUACACGUGAACAAAAAGAUAUUAUGGUCGACUUUAUAAAAGCAAGACCGAAAUUAUGUGCCGGAAAAUUUUCACCGGAUUUUACACAUUCGCAAUCGAGGGCGUUGUGGCAAGAGUUGGCGGUUAUUCUGAACGCUCAUCCCAAUGGGGCUAAAAAAGAAUGGAGUGCUUGGCGAAAGAAGAUAGGCUUCUACGGCUUGGACAAUCCUGCCUUAAUUUCAUCAAAUGGUAACCUUGAAAACAAUAUACCUCAAGAAAAGAAAUCCAGUAUCAAUGAAAAUGAGACGGAGCUUCAAGAACGAUCGCAAUGGGGCAGUGGGCUCGAAUUUCUCAUGUCUUGCGUUGCAGUGUCGGUUGGUUUGGGUAAUAUUUGGAGAUUUCCAUUCAUAGCUAACAGAAACGGCGGAGGGGCUUUUCUUAUACCAUACAUUAUCGUUUUGACUGUAAUAGGAAGGCCGAUGUACUACAUGGAAAUGGUUCUAGGACAGUUUUCUAGCAGGGGAUGUGGAAAAAUGUACCAAACAUUAAGUCCUGUUUUAAGAGGUAUUGGAAUUGGCCAAGUCAUUGGUUGUGCCUGUGUGGCCUCUUAUUAUGGUAGUCUUAUGGCAAUAACCCUUUUUUACCUUAUUAAUUCAUUUACUAACAAUUUUCCAUGGACAACUUGUCAGGAUUCUUGGAAUAACUAUUUAAAUUCAAGAAAUCUAACCUGUGUGGAUAUAAACAAUCCUUCUAGUGUUGGGAAUAUUACUAUAAGUUCUUCAGAAAUGUAUUUUAGGAGAGAGGUUCUAAAAGAAAGUGACGAUAUCAGCAACGGCAUCGGACUACCCGACUGGCAAUUGACUCUUCUUCUUUUACUGUCAUGGUUUAUAACUUUCCUGGUGUCAGCGAGAGGGAUAAGAAGUUCAGGCAAAGCUUCAUAUUUCUUAGCUAUAUUUCCGUACAUGAUCAUGAUAGCUUUAUUAAUUAGGGCAUCAACUUUGGAAGGGGCUGCCGAAGGGAUGAUGUAUUUCAUUGAAACUGACUGGUCCAGACUUUUAGAUGCUGAUGUAUGGUACGCCGCAGUUACACAAUGUUUUUUUUCAAUUAACGUUGGUUUUGGAAAUAUCAUUACACUUUCCUCUUUUAAUAAAUUUGACCACAAUAUAAAAAGAGACGCGUUGAUUUUAACCUCUUUGGACACAUUUACAUCACUUUUAUCUGGAAUAACGAUUUUCGGAAUACUUGGAAACUUAGCUCAUGAAAUGGGCAUUAAUCCAAGUGAAGUUCUUUCAGCCGGUGGUGGCACUGGUUUGGCAUUUAUUUCUUAUCCAACUGCUCUUUCUAAGUUUACAUUUGCACCGUGGUUAUUUGCUAUAGCAUUUUUCUUUAUGCUAUUCGUUCUUGGAAUAGGAACUCUAGCAGCUCUUCAUGGAAACUUGAACACUCUGGUCAAGGAUUCAUUCCCUAGUCUUCCGGACUGGAUUAUAGCUUUCAUCACAGCAACUGGCUUAUUUUUAAUUGGUGUUGACAAUUUAUGUGCAGAUUUGGAAUUUAUGACGAAAAAAAAAGUUAGCAUUUACUGGAGAGUCUGCUGGAGUAUAUUUGUGCCAGUAUUAUUAAUUGUAAUAUUCGUCUAUUUUCUCGUUUCGCUGAAGCCCAUGACUUACGGGAUAUAUAACUUAUAUUAUCCAGUUGGACUAAAUGUAUUUGGUUGGGGAAUAUUAUCAGGAACAGUGAUUCAAAUAAUAGGAUGGUUAAUUUAUUAUCUUUACGCCAACCGGAACUACCCCUGUAGCAAGAUAAUUCCAAAGACCUUUUCGACGAAAACUUGGGGACCUGAUGGUAAAGUCAAAACAGAAGAGUGGAAAAAAUUCAAAGAGGAUAGAUUAAACGAAACAAAAGCCAGAGGUGGUUCGUGGAUAACGAAAAAGUUGAACGUGCUAAUAGGAAGGUGAAAUAUAUAACUUAGAAUAAGUAUAACAAAUGACUGUGUAUAUAUGUACAAUAACCGUAAAACUAACUGUGCCUAGAAAAAUCAAGUACUUAAUUCUGAAAAGGUACUGCUAAACGAAUAUGUAAAUUAUUGUUACAUAAUGAAAAAUAUGUAAAAAAGUG